AUGAAUAUAUGUAGUAAGAGUGAAAGGAAGGUGACUGAUGCUAAAGAGUUGGAUGUCACAAACAAACCGAAGCAUGCUCAAGAUUAUAAGGUAUUAAAUUCUAACCAAAAGCCACCAGUCCUUCCCUUCUUCCUUUUCCCUUCCACUUGAUCACAGGCUGAGCAAUAGGCCAUUUCAGAGUUCCAAAAAAUCUCACUUUCAAAACGAGGCUAAGUGCGAAACCUUUGUUGUGAAAAUGAGUUUUAUUUGCCUCAUAAUUAAAAAUCAUUUUCAUAUCAAUGGCUUCGCACUUAGCCUCGCUUUGAAAGUGAGAUUUUUUGGGACUCGGAAAUGGCCUAUUCAGGAAAAAAAGUUAUUUAGUGUGCACGUUAUAGGUUCCGUCACUUGUUUUUUGUUUUACUUUGUUUUGGUUUUGUCCUCGUUUUUUACGGUUUGUUGACUAACUGAUUUGUAUACAAGAAAGGUUUUAUUUUGUUCUGUUUAGGUAAUACUUUGUAGUUUGUCUUUCAUUUGUCUAGGAUAAAACAUUUGUGCAUACCACCGUUACCCUUCCUCCUUAAAAGGUCGGGGAACAACACAAGGGCUAAUAGUGCAUAAAGAACCAUAUUCACAAUUUACAACCCCACUGAAUAUAAAUCAAUAUAAGUGAUAAAAAAAACGUAAUCAUGUAAUGAUAAAAUCAUGAUCACAUAUCACAGAACCCACAUUUGAAGCUGAACAGUUUUUACACGAUGUUUUUCCUUUGUCGUUUAGGAGAUAGACAACAGCCAGGGUAGGAUAUUGAUCUACCCAGCUGAGUUUGAUGCAGAAAACGAAAAGGAAUAUUUAGACUUUCAGCGUUGGUGCCAAGAGGAUGACACGGAUAUGCCAUCGUGGCCGCCCGAAGAGGAAACUCCCAAAGAAGAAGAAAAAAAGAGCCAAAUAGACGAAGAAACCGACGAGGACAGUGACGACGAAAGUGACGACAGCUAUGACUGGUCCCCAGAAUAUCCAGAACAGUAUACAGUCACAAGCGAUCCAAUACCUGCUGAAGCAACCAUUAGUCGUCCGAUCGCCUACCUGCUAUUUAGAGACAGAGCCGAGCUUUUGUUUCAAGGCAUCACGAAAGCUAUUUCGUCGGCCAAAAAAUCUACAAAAUUAAGCCCCUUACAGGAAGCAGUUUUGAAGAACAUUAACGAAAACAGAAAAUUGCCUCGCAUUGCGUUGUCGCUUGAGAGAACUAGCUUUCUGGUUCGUGUUUCUGUUCUACGGUCAUCUGUGCCUGUUUACCGAGACAUUAGGGUCCCAUCAAAUAUGAAUCUGCGCAUGUUCCAAACCCGCGUUCUGUGUCCUGUCUUCGACUGGGAUUCAAAGAUAAUGCCUCUAAAAUACAUGUACUACCUCCCGCAUACGUGCUAUCCCUCUGGGCGCCGACCCUUGUCAAACUUCAAAGACAUUGUGUUCACAACACCCUAUCAAGACGAUUUCACUGGGAUGGUGAUGACAUUCAACCAGGAAGCCACUAAUGCGGAAAUCAUUGACGAUAGGAAUGUUUGUCUCGUAGACUUUUUGCAGGAUGCCGGGAACACUUUAUACUACCAGCAUAACCUGGCAAUACCUGUAACGUUACAGCUCAAACUUUUGCAAAUUGGCCAAGAGGAUACUGUGGAGCUUAUUGGAGGGACGGGCAUCAGUCCACCUGAGAGUGACUUGGUAACGGAUGGCCCAUUUGACGAACAAAUACUUGGAAUUGAUACUUUCAAUCUUGCUAUCAAAUGGCUACAAUCUGUCUCUAUCCACGAGAGCUACAAGAGGGAAGGCAUGCGCCUGUUGCAGAUCCAACUGAAAGACUCAAAGACGUUUGACCCGACAAAAUUUGAUCUACCUGGUGCGCGCGAAAGACUUAAUCGGUCAAUUCGUCAUUCUACUGCAAGGACCCAUCUACCAAUCACGACAGGGCAAUCAAUGGCCGUGAUGUUUUCAGAUGACCCAAGAGCCAUUAUUAGGAAUCUCCCAAAAGUAAGUUUUUUGGGAAUGUGUAAAACAUGCCUUAAAGAGAACGUCAAAUUGCUAAAAUGUGGACGUUGUAAAAGCGUGUUUUACUGCUCAAAAGACUGCCAGAAAAAAGACUGGAAGUCUCAUAAAGCAGUGUGUGCCGUUGCUUACCAUAAAUAA